GUCCAGAUCCUCGACCGAGUCAGUCAACUCGGGCAUCCAGAAGCGAUUGUGGCCAUUCUAGCGGGAGUUUGUCUAAGCUAGUUCUGGUCAGGUACCAAACCCUCAAUCAGCCCAGAUGAGCUCUCAACCCCGAAUCAUCCGCGUCGUCCUGCCUCUGUUCCCAUACUCUCAGCCUCUCGAUUGGUGCGGCCCACAUGCAGUUUUCAGCAGUACAGAUCCCAGUCGACCAGCGUCUAGAAAUUUGCCGUUCAACAUGAUAGUGAAAAUCGCGUCCGAGACGAUGGAUCCAGUCAUGAAUGCCGGGGGACUCCGAGUUGUCCCUGACAUGACGUUGGAAGAGGCAGAAUCUGAGACAUGGGAUGCGAUCCUCCUACCUGGUGGAGGUGGAGCUCGACCAUGGUUGAAAGAAAAUGAUAGAGUACAAGAGUUCCUCAAGAACAAGGUGCCAGAGGUGGAGUAUGUCUGGACGGUAUGCACUGGAUCUUGGCUAUUGGCUUCUACUGGACUGCUGAGAGGUCUCAAGGCGACCACGAACAAGGCGGCAUACAAUGAGGUCAUAGAGACGACCCAAGACCAAGGUGUAACUUGGGUUCCAGAGGCAAGAUGGGUCGUAGACGGCAAGAUUUGGUCAAGUUCAGGGGUGACAGCUGGGAUAGAUAUGGCAGCUGCGAUCAUACGACACUUAUUGAGCAAGUACGAGAACGAUCAGAGCAAAGCCAAGCAGAUGGGUGAUCAGAUCUUGGCAGUUCUCGAAGUGAAGUGAGUGUCGUCACCGUACUAAUACGCAGUUCGUUCCUGAUGCUUGAUGUCCCUUCGUUCAGGGAAGCAGGAAUGGACGACGACCCAUUCGCCGAGCACUUUGG